CAGCAGUUACAUGGAACAAAGGAAUCAAACUGCUGUUUCAGAUUUAUCCUCCUGGGACUUUCAGAAGAGGGAGAACUGCAACCACUGCUCCUGUGGCAGUUCCUGUCCAUGUACCUGCUCACCUUCAGUGGGAACCUGUUCAUCAUCCUGGCCAUUGUCACAGACUCCCACCUCCACACACCCAUGUACUUCUUCCUCUCCAACCUGUCCUUUGUAGACAUCUGUUUCACCUCCACCACCAUCCCCAAGAUGCUGCUGAACCUCCAGACACAGGGCAAAGUGAUCACUUAUGCAGGCUGCCUCAGCCAGAUGUAUUUUUUCUUGCUUUUUGUGGGAUUAGACAACUUUCUCUUGACAGUGAUGGCCUAUGACCAGUUUGCGGCCAUCUGUCACCCACUGCACUACAUGGUUAUCAUGAACCCCAAGUUCUGUGCCAGCCUGCUUAUGGUGUGCUGGGUGUUGAUUGUCUCUUUAUUCUAUGGUACAGGCUUUGGGGUGUAUCUUAGUUCUGCUGCUUCACAAAACUCGAGGACAAUGGCCAUAGCUUCAGUGGUGUACACAGUGGUCACACCCAUGCUGAACCCCUUCAUCUAUGGUCUGAGGAGCAGAGACAUAAAGCUGGCGCUAAGAAAGCUCUUGAGCAGAAAGACAUUCUUUGAUAAAAAGAUCCUUUGUUUCAAGAUAAAGAUGUGA